AACCUAAAAAGCAGGGAAAAAAUGAAUGGAAAUGAAGAUGCAAGGAAAAUGGAGAUGGAUGAGAGACAAAUGAGGCUGGUCACUCUCCUUUGAAUGCUCAACUUCUUCCACUACCCUUUUGUCUUUUCUUAGACCAAAUCCCACGCUUUCUUAGAUCUCUCAUCUCUCCUUCUGUCCUUCACUUCACUCCAUUUUUGGUUAUUCCCCAAAAAAAUUUCAAAAAGAGAUAAAAACCCACAAGGAUUCUACGUAAACACAUGUUAUCCAGUCCACUACUUAUUUUCUUGGUAGCAUCAUUUUUCUUUUAUAAAAAAAUAACAACAGUCUCCGACUCCUGUAAUGGCGGAAAUCUUAUACUUUCCUCUUUCAUGAUACCGUCCUAUUUGGAGUGUGUGAAAGUCUCAAUAGAGCCAGAUCACCUUCUUCAGCUACUUGUGGUAUCUUUCCUUCUUUUCUACAAAGGAAAGCUAUGAUGACAUCCUAUAAGAGAAAUCUUGUCAUGAGAUAAUUGCAGUAGAUCGAUAUGGCCAAAGAGUACAGUGGAUCGCCAAAGCAUCAUCAGCUAGAAGCCAAGAGGAAACGUCUCACUUGGAUACUAGGGGUUAGUGGCCUCUGCAUAUUGUUUUACGUGUUGGGAGCUUGGCAGAAUAGUACUACUCCCACCACUGGAUCCGAUGUAUACAGUAAAGUUGGUUGUGACGGUAAUGCCACUACAUCAGGCGAUGGCAAUUCCCCAGUUAAUCCAUCAUCAACCAACUUGGACUUUGCAAGCCAUCAUCAAGUUGAGGUAGACAGUUCUAAAACAGUCAGUCAGUUUCCACCAUGUGAUAUGUCAUUCAGCGAGUACACUCCCUGCCAAGAUAAAGUGAGGGGAAGGAAAUUUGAUCGGGACAUGUUGAAAUAUAGAGAGCGGCAUUGUCCCACGAAGGAAGAACUCCUCCUCUGCCUUAUACCUGCUCCACCCAAAUAUAAGACCCCUUUCAAAUGGCCUCAGAGCCGAGAUUAUGCCUGGUAUGACAAUAUUCCUCAUAGAGAACUCAGUAUUGAGAAGGCAAUUCAGAAUUGGAUUCAAGUAGAGGGUGAUCGUUUCAGAUUCCCUGGGGGAGGCACCAUGUUCCCUCGGGGAGCUGAUGCGUAUAUUGAUGACAUUGGCCAGCUCAUUCCCCUUACUGAUGGAACCAUUAGAACAGCAGUUGAUACUGGCUGCGGGGUUGCAAGUUUUGGUGCUUACCUCUUGAAGAGGAAUGUCUUGACAAUGUCUAUUGCUCCAAGAGAUACACAUGAAGCACAGGUUCAAUUUGCAUUGGAACGUGGAGUUCCUGCAAUGAUUGGAAUCAUGGGUUCACAGAGGCUUCCUUACCCAGCCAGGGCUUUUGACUUGGCUCAUUGCUCUCGCUGUUUGAUACCUUGGCAAAAGUACGAUGGUUUGUAUCUCACUGAAGUGGACCGGAUUCUAAGGCCUGGUGGUUAUUGGGUUCUCUCUGGUCCUCCUAUUCACUGGAAGAAAUACUGGAGAGGCUGGGAAAGGACACAGGAGGACUUAAAACAAGAGCAAGAUGCUAUUGAAGAUGUUGCCAAACGACUAUGCUGGAAGAAAGUGGUUGAAAAUAAUGAUCUAUCAGUUUGGCAAAAGCCAAUCAACCACAUUGAGUGUAUUAAAAGUAAAAGGGUCAUUAAAACGCCGCACAUAUGCAAAUCAGACAAUCCAGACACAGCUUGGUACAGAGAUUUGGAAGCUUGCAUAACCCCACUUCCAGAGGUAAGCAGCUCAGAUGAUGUUGCUGGUGGCCCAGUAGAAAAAUGGCCGAAGCGUGCAUUUGCUGUCCCUCCUAGAAUUAGCAGUGGUUCAAUACCAGGCAUCACUGCUGAGAAAUUUCAGGAGGAUAAUGAACUGUGGAACGAUAGAGUGGAACAUUACAAACGGAUUAUUAGUCUCCUACCCACUGGACGAUAUCGGAAUAUAAUGGACAUGAAUGCUUACCUUGGGGGAUUUGCGGCAGCAUUGUCAAAGUAUCCAGUGUGGGUCAUGAAUGUGGUCCCUGCAAAUUCAGAUCAUAACACGUUGGGAGUUAUUUACGAACGAGGUUUAAUUGGUACGUAUCAGGACUGGUGUGAGGCAUUAUCAACAUAUCCAAGAACAUACGAUCUCAUCCAUGCUAGUGGCUUGUUUAGUAUAUACCAGGACAGGUGUGACAUCACUUACAUCUUGCUGGAGAUGGACCGAAUUCUGAGGCCAGAAGGGACGGUUAUUUUUAGGGACACAGUGGAGCUGCUUGUGAAGAUUAAGAGUAUAACAGAUGGAAUGAGAUGGAAGAGCCAGAUCAUGGACCAUGAAAGCGGACCAUUCAAUCCUGAGAAAAUUCUUGUUGCUGUCAAAACAUACUGGACUGGUGAAGCUACAGAAAAACAAAGCUAGUAGAGAUCCAUAGUCUCUCUCUCUCUCUCUCUUUGCACCUUCUUUGUCUCAUUUUUAUUCUUGGAAAAUAGUUAAAAUCACUGAGAUUCCACCCAAGAUAAUUUUUCCUUUUCAAAGAGGUAAAGGGUAGGACUUCUUACAAUGGUUGUGUAGUUUAUUAAUGUACUGUAAAAGUAAGUAUUUUUACUCCAAAUCACUCUGUUACUGUCUUUGUUUCCAUGGUAGGAGGAUUUGCUAAACAGAUAUGCUCACUGUCUGUAUUAACUGAGAAUUAAGCCCUUGCCUCCUCAGUUGUUGAAUUUCUGAUCAUGUAUAUAUGGCAAAGAUUGAUAAGGUAAA